AUGUUGAAUAAUACAGGAAAAAGACUGGCCUUUGCGUUUUUGGUAUUAACAUUUAUUUUUUGGCUUAUUUCAAUGGUAUCGCCUGGAUGGUUGUUGUUACAGCAUAUAAAGUACAAUAUGUUUUACAUGGAAAGAUGCACCAAUGACAAGUGUGAAAACAAAGAAUACAGCGAUUUCUUCCAAAAGACCCCAGGUUUUAAAAUAACUGUGACAUUCCAAAUUAAAUGCCUGGUUGCUCUUAUUCUGUGUGCAAUAUCUGGCAUCUUGGUGGUCAUUCCAACUAAACGUUCAACAACACAAUAUUUUAUCGCUGUUAUCAUUAUUCCUGUGGCGGCAACUCUUCAAUGUGAUCUGAUUUUAACAACUGCUCUGUUAAACAUUAUACAUGGCCCAUUCGUAAAGUUUCCGUACUCGAUUCUACUGAGUGGACUUGGUACCCUGCUCUCCAUCGUUGCCUGGGUGAUUUGUGUAAUCGUCUACAACAAUGAGCGUAAUCGGGAAUCUGAGAACCGACGUCAUAGAAUGAACCACACAGAACCACUUCCUUUGGCAGAGUUGGCGUUCUAA